CAGCUUCUUCUUCCCUUAGAUUUGACCACUCAUAUUCUACUUCUUCUCAUCAUUCUCCUUUAUUUGUUCCUUUGCAUCAAAGAAGAUCUACUGUAUAUAUUUUGCCACGUCAGUUACACAAUUAUUCACUACAGUUUACUCAUAAAAGUAUCACCAAUCGGUCUCGACCUCUAAUUCUCUCUGCUUUUGCUUUCAAUUCAGACCACACAACUAAGGUUGUUAAAGAAAUCAAAUCAAACAGAUUUAGUUUACCGAAUCCCAGGGGUUCAAGAAGGCUCUGUCAUCAAGCACUGACACCAGAGGUUUAUCUUUAAAUCUUCAAGUCUCAUAACAUAACUGAACAGUUCAAUGCAGAAAAGUACUGGAGAUAUUAUAAGGCACUUGCUUGGGAGUUUAUAUUGUUAUCUAAGAAGAUGCAUCUUUGCCAUUUUAUCCGUGGGUCCUGUACCAAAUCAUAUAGCUUUCAUCAUGGAUGGGAAUAGAAGGUAUGCAAAAAAAAGAAACAUGAAAGAAGGUGAUGGCCAUAAGGCUGGAUUUACAGCUCUCAUGUCCAUCCUUAGAUACUGUUAUGAAUUGGGAGUGAAGUAUGUAACUGUCUAUGCAUUUAGCAUUGAUAACUUCAAAAGGAAGCCUAAAGAGGUUCAGACCUUGAUGGAAUUGAUGCGAGAAAAGAUUGAGGAGUUGCUUCAACAAGAAAGCCUUAUUAAUGAAUAUGGUGUUAGAUUACAUUUCAUUGGAGACCUGCAACUAUUGACCGAGCCUGUCAGGGCCGUUGUGGAAAAGGCAAUGAGAGUUACUGCCCACAACAAUCAGAGAGUUCUUUUGAUUUGUGUAGCCUAUACUUCUCGUCACGAGAUUGUGAAUGCUGUUCAAGAAUGUUGCAAGGAGAAAUGGAAUGAAGUUAAAGUAUCAAAAGAAACAAAAGUUACCAAUGGGGCAUUUGCAAAAUUUGAUCACAGCAUGAAAGGAAAUGCUUUUGAUUUGCUUUUACAAGAUUCAUGUACAGACUAUCAAAAUACAACCAAAGCUUAUAGUAAUGGAGUGGAAAGUGCUGGAAAGAAAGAUGGUGUCUUUGAUCAUAAUGUUGAAAAACAUGCAGUUGAUCACAUUGAUGCUGAAAUCACAUCAUGCACUAAGUUGGUUGAGAUGAAUAAAGCGAGAAUGUACAAGCAGGGUGAGGUUAUAAAACUGGUGGAUAUUGAGAAACAAAUGUACAUGGCAGUAGCACCUGACCCAGACAUCAUGAUCCGAACUUCUGGAGAGGCUCGACUCAGUAAUUUUCUUCUUUGGCAGACUAGUACCUGCCCUUUGUAUGCACCAACUGCGCUUUGGCCUGAAAUAGGUCUAAGACACUUGGUCUGGGCAGUAUUGAACUUUCAGAGACACCAUUUUUAUUUAGAAAAGAAAAAGAAACAUUUUUAACUGUAUCCUUAUUGGCCAAAAUUUCAGUGUGAAGUUAUGUGAUGGAGGUUUCAUUUUUAUU